AUGGUAACUAAACGUCGACGGUCGAAUACAAACACAGAGGAUGUGACUACCAUAGCGAAGAGAGCGCGUAUAUAUCCACCGAACGAUUACCUUUCAGCCCUUUCAUCCGAGCUUCUCAUUCGCAUCCUGCAUCAUCUCCCAAUCGAAAGCCUGCUUCUUUGUCAAACUAUCUCGCAUCGCUUCUAUAGCUUGACUUCUGAUUCUCAGAUAUGGAAGUCGUUAUAUUAUUCCAGAUUUGUUCUGCCUAGAGCUUUGAGGAUUCCAGGCAUCAAAAGCGCCCCAACUGCCGAGUACGAUGACGCUUUGAGGUUCUCUAGUCGUAGGAGCAAGUGGCUGGAUGAUAAUACGUUGAUCAAUCGGAAAGACGGGGAGAGAACAGAUUGGAAGAAGCAGUACAAGUUGAGACAUAAUUGGAGCAUUGGUGCCUGCGAAGUACAGGAGAUCAGGGUACGCGAUCGAAGAAAGGAGGCUGGAAUGCUUGUCAAGCUAGCAGAAGGAUUCGUGAUCACGGCUGAUGGUGAAGACGGUCUUCGAGUCUGGAAUCUGAAAACGAAAGAGCUGGUCACCUUCUGUGGACUCGAAGGUCACAGCUUACCUAGCUGUAUUGCAGUGGACGAAGACGAUGAUCACCAACAACUCGGGGUUGCAAUCGGCUUUGAAGAUGGUUCAUGGGGUACAUGGCAACUUGAUAUCGCAAGUAGCGCUAUAAUGAAGCGAUACUACCAUCCAAAAAGUAGUAACGGACUGUUGAGCGCCAUCGCUUACGCGAGCCCCUAUAUUCUUACUAUCACAGAUUCGCAGAUUCUCUCCCUCUACACCUUCGACCGCGAUACAACACGUGUUAAAGAGGAGCCAGCAAGUGAUUCCUCUGCUGCAACCUCUUUUGGUAUCCACGAUUUAAGUUCAUUGGAUGAAUCUCCUGAGGUAGCCACACUGCCUAGUGUUGGGGUAAAUGAGGCAGCAGAGCAAGGGGAUGAGCCGGCGCCUCGGUUACUUGCCUCCCUCAAGUCACAUACUUGCUGGCCGCCCGUGUCGCUUUCUAUUCGUCUCACCCCAUCAACCAUCAUCGGGAGUAUAGCUUAUUCUCUCCCAACUUACUUCUCCGGCUACACUGUAGGCUUACAAGAGUUACAUCUUUCUCCCUCAACGGGUCUAAUGACGUCGUCUCGUCUUACCUCUGCACUUCCUCAAGGAUUCUCGUCCAUUCUUCCGACACCGUUAAUCUCAUCACCAACAUCAUCUGGUGCAUCUUCGCCGCUUCCACCUCGUCAAUCGAGAGCAUCAGUGGGGAGUACCGUAACUCCAUCGACGAGUUUGUCAUAUGCUCACCCGUAUAUUCUUGCUACACAUCCAGAUAACACACUCUCACUUUAUCUGUGUACGUCGACCUCGUCAGAUCUUAGCCUUUCCGAAGGUACCAAGCUCUGGGGUCAUACGUCUUCUGUCUCUUCUGCCGAAAUCACAUCUAGAGGGAAGGCAGUAAGUGUGAGUACUCGCGGAAAUGAAUUGCGAGUCUGGAGUCUGGAGGGUGGCUUUUCCUCUUCAACUCGAUCCCGGAAGGACUCAAGAUUACCCAGGGAUCAGCGUCGCGACCGAAGCGUGCAAAUUCGCCAAAACCUGUCGCCAGUAGUUAAAUCUUCAUCAGCCCAUGAAUUCCCGAAGCGGAAAGGCUCUCAAGAAGUCGUCGACGCAGAUCCUAGCAUGAAUAUCAUCAGCCGCUCUGGCCUUGACGAAGAGUUCACUGCUCGAAAACACUGGGUUGGGUUUGAUGACGAGGUGGUUAUCGUGCUCAAAGAAGAUGAAAGUGGAUCGCAGGCACUUGUAGUCUAUGACUUUACUUAA